AGCAACUUUGACAGCAGUAAAAGGUGAUAGCAGAGACUGCUUCAGACAGCAAAAAUCAAGCUUAACUAGGAGAGGUGGAGAUCAAUAUGAUGAUCUUGAUGACUGCAAGUGGUGCUGUGGCUGGCUUGUUGAUUACUUUUGCCACAAUGUACUACUGGAGACCUUCAGAAAUAAUCAAGCUGCUGAUAUGGUUCAUGUUUAAAAAAAGAGGCGUGAAGGUAAAAUAUGUCAAGCAUGAGGGCUACAAGUUCAGUUAUUUCUGCCAAGGGAAGCCCGGACCCCAGCCAUCUAUACUGAUGUUUCAUGGAUUCUCACUUGGCAAAUAUAUGUGGUUAUAUAUAAUACAAUACUUUCCUAAGGAUGUCCAUGUGGUCUGCGUCGACUUGCCUGGGCAUGGAGAAACAACUCGCGUGCCAGGAGAGAGCUACACAGCAGUUGAACAGGCUAAGCGGAUGCACCAGUUUGUCGAGUGUUCUGGUCUGAACAGAAAGCCAUUCCACCUGGUUGGCAUCUCCAUGGGUGGAAUGGUUGCUGGUGUUUAUGCUGCUCUUUAUCCAUCGGAGGUCUACUGCUUGUCCCUUCUUUGUCCCGCUGGUCUAAGAUAUCCAAUGGAUAACGACUUUGUCCAGCGCUUGAAGGAGCUGGAGAAAAGCAAGGAUUAUGACAACAUUCCUCUCAUUCCUUUGACUGUAAACCAGUCAAAAGAAAUGCUCGAAAUGGUCACCUACCAUCCACCACCGAACCCAAACAAACAGCUCCUACAGGGAUUUCUUGACUAUCAGAAACCACAUACCAAGUUUUUCACUAAAUGUUUUUUAGAUAUCACCAGUGUAGAGUCCAGGUACAGCCUUCAAGACAAUAUCAACAAGAUAACAGCUCCAACACAGGUUAUCUGGGGGAAACAUGACAAGGUUCUUGAUCCAGCUGGUGGAGAAAUUUUUGCCAACGCCAUUCCUGGCUGCCAAGUGCAUAUGCUGGAUAAAUGUGGACAUUUUAUUAUAAUAGAAAGACCAAGAAAAUCCACAAAGCUAAUCUUGGAAUUCCAUGCUUCAGUGUGUGACUCAAAGAAGAAGCAUUAGUUGGCAGGAUCCUCAUUCAGAAAUCAAGCAGUUGGAGUACUCAAUGUCUCUUUCGGCUCUGGAAAGAAAAAUAUAGAAAUAUCAUGAUGGAGUGAAGUAAUAACCAUCCCAUAUUUAGAAGCUGAUUUUUGAAAGAUGGAUUUCCCCCCUCUCUACUCUGGAUUGAAUUUGCAGGUUUUGUGUUUGCACUUCCAUUCUGUACUUCUAAAUAAUUAAGCAUGAAAUGAAAUAAUGAACAGGGGUUUUGAAACCAUUCAAAGAAUAACAUUUUAUAACAGGACAGUAUCAUUUCAGCCAAGUAUUAUUUAGAACAAUCUUUUCACUUUUGAAACAGAACUGCAUAAUUUCAUGAAAACAUUACAGUGCUUAUUAAAAUCCAAAUGCCCAUGAUUACGAAGUAAGCCUGCAAAUUUCUAAGGAUAUCCAACUGUCCAGGAGUGGUCAAAUUUGACCCACCCUGCGCCCUAUUGGGACCACUGGCUGCCCAAAGAUAUGCCCACAGAGCUCCCAACUCACCAUCAGCAUUUAUCAGGAAGCUGCUUCACACAGGCAAACAGCCAGCAGCUGGUUGACUGCGUAGCCAGCCACCUACGCAUAAGAUGAGGAGAUCAGUCCUAGUACGAAUCAGCUACGCUGCCUGGUCAGGACAGGAGACAACCUCCUGGUUGCAGCACAAGCUCCCCAUGGCUGGGAAUAACAGAGGGAGCCAAGCCAGAAUCAACUCCCCCAUCAACCCUGAAGAAUAUAAGAGAGAGAGCUGCUCUCAUGCGCCACACAGCUCUGGCCCUGGGAAAGGUUUUAAAAGGCAGUUAUUGGCACUAUACAGACUGUACGCCACAUCUUGGAUAGAAGAUGUUGGAAGAAGCAAUGUCUAGUGUACAAAGAGAAAGAGAAGAAGACCCUAGGGGGGCAGCAAAGGCUAGUCAGAUAGGAACAUGAGGUCAGCACCUCUUUCUAUUGACCAUUAUAUCCUUGUCUUGUCUCCAUAUUGAUACUCUCAGGGCAAUAUCCUGCUUCUUCUUG